AUGGGACAAUCUUCCCAAACCGAUCUCGAGCCAAAAACUUCUAUAUUAAAAGAGAAACCAUCCUAUCGAUUUCCAAAAAUGUUCAAAAAUAUCGAUGACAAGCUUUUCCCGUUCAUAGCACUUCUACAUAGACAGACAUUACCUCCGUCAAUGACCAAGGAGCGUGCAGUGAAUUUGAUCUCCGAAGUUCGGUUUGCCAGAAACUCUAUACGAAAAUAUAAGCAACCACUUAAAGAAAAUUAUCACUAUGCUGAAAUAAAUACUCAAGAAAGUAGCAGUGAUGGCAAGCACAAGAAUAACCGUACCGAUUUAACGAAAAAUGAAUGGAAAUCACCCCACAAGAAAUUGGUUGAUCCAAUAGAUAGAAUAUUUGCUUCCACUAAAAAUAGUAAUUGCAUAUUAGGUUUUGGAAAGCAUCUAAUCGAAAUCACAGUACUAGGAAGUUAUGAGCAUAAAGUGGAGGAUUCUUCGUUUCAGGAAGAUCAGGAGAGCACACUUGGAAGUAAGAGAUCUUUUUCAGUCAUGGAAUCAAGCAGUAUGAAUAUAUCUAACACGAUGAGCAACCUUAACUUUAACAAAAAUAUGGCGUCUUUUUCAACUUCUAAUAUCUCAAUCUCGUCUAAUCUGGAAUCAGAAUCACCAUUGGCAACGAAGCGUCUAAAGGCAGUGGAUAUCAAAGCUCCGCGCAAAGGUUUAUCAAUUUCACAUUCAAAGCAUAAUUACCUCUACAAUCACGAACGUAUUGACAACUCCAUGACAAUAUCGGCAAAAGCUAUAUUAAAAAUGGUAGAUGAUUCCUUGGUCUCAAGUGACAAUUCUCUGGGUUCACAGUCUUAUGCGAAUAUAAGUUGCACUCAAACACCAACAACAAAAUCCAGAAGAAAACAACCUGUCAGUAUCAAUGAAGCAGAUUUGCAGAAGGUCCUUCGCACAGACGAUUAUUCCAACGCUAAUGGUCAAAAUGCAGAUGUUGUUGGUCGUUUCAGUACGCCAUCAGCGAAGAAAUUUAGAAUGCUGGGUCCAAAUUAA